GGUACCCUGGGGGAGUGGGCUGCGGGCUGCUUUUGGCUGGAGCUGGGCUGUUCCUGCCUCCCUGCUGGAGCUGGGAGCUGAGGGAAAACUGCAGGAGCUUUGUUAGCAACAGGUCUUUGUGUGCGGGGAGGUGGGAUGCUGGGUCCACUGCCUGGGGGUGCCCUGAUUUACUGGGGGGGCACAACGCUGCCUGCAUGGGGAUCGUGGUGAUGCCAGGGACCUGCCUGCUGGCAAGAACCCCCCUUGUGCUGCCGAAGUUGGUCCCGGGGUGGGCAAGGCUGGAAUACGGAGCAGUUCAGGCACUGGAGGGGGACGGGAGUGGCAGCAGGUGCCUCUGACCCUCUGGCUUAGGGCUUCCAGAGCUGGGGGACACACACAGCCCCCACCAGCGCCCAUAUUGCUGCUGCUCGCAGGGCCAAUCCACCUGGACUAGGAGCUGGACCACUCUGCAGAGCUCCAGGAUUGGGAAAAAAAAGAGCCUGUGGCUGUUCAUUUUUUCCUCCGUGACUAAGACAAGUUUACAUCGUUUUAUUUGGCUUUUCUAUCAGUAGCAGGUACCUCCAGUAGGAGAAAAGCAUCUGGAGCUUGAAGUACCUCGUGUUAUCCUUUAAAUCUGAACCACCUCAGGGGCUGCAAAUUAUAAAAUGCAGUGAGAUCAGUUUGGGGUGUUCUGCUGGAAAAAGGGGGAUUGAGUGUAACUCUGAGCAAAGGAGGAGCAUUUCCUGAGGCUGGUAGGUAGGUACCUGUAAGAUGGCACCUCAUUCCAAAAGAAUGGACCUGAGCUGCUGCUUUUUUCCUAAUGAAAAUCCUAGCAAGGAAAACUGACUUCCAGUCCUUGCUGUUCGGACAACCAUGGGUUGCAGCUGUCACUUACUGAACAGAAUUGGCUUCAACUGGAGUCAAACCAAGAGGUUUCCGAGGUAACCUCUCAGCAUGUCAAACUCCUGACAUCAAUCACAGGUACCUAUCCAUGUUAUCCUGGUGAAGCUUACAAUUUGGUAUUAAUUAAAAUCAAGUCACGAAGGCAGCAGUAAAUGGCAAUUCAGGAGCACCAAAAGGAUUCAAAUCCUCAGAGCAGCUCACAGAAAAAAAUCAAUGAGUAUUUAAAGUCCCUGCGUGGAUGUGGAUGGUGAUGUAAAAGGGAACAGUCAGAAGGUAGGAAGGUACAGGGAGAGUUCAGCCCUUCCACAGCCAUUAUCUCUCUAGAGAGGUGACACUGGGCAUUUAAACCUUCACAGACAGUUCUUCUCCUGUGCAGCCUGCACAGUUAUUUAAGACUAAAGAUGUUGCCUCUGGGCAAAUCAACGUUGGGAUGUGAUGAAGUGUUAAGGGUCCAGCCCAACGUGCUGCACAGGGAGCUCACCUAUUCUGCCCGUGGGCCAGGAAGGCUGCUCUGCCUAAUUUCUAGGGGGAUAAUCCAAUACUCCACAGCCCAGGAACUUGGGUGAGGGGUCAAAUGCUCUUUGUUGUAACAAGCUCUAAGUCAGAUCCCUCGUGUGCCCAGCUCACGGGCUGUUUGCUCUCAUGCCUGCCUCACAGAGGGCAAUGACAUUUCUGUGCCAAAAGACAUUGAAACCAAACAAUUCUAUGCCUCUUGCUCAUUUUUCACUCGAAGCAGAGACAUCACCUGGUGCGAAGAACCCUUGUGAUGUGCUCUGUGCGUUGGGAUUGGUUUGGUUUUCCUCUGCUCAUUCACUUUUCAGUGAUUACAGGAUCCUCUGUGCCCCCCAUUUUGGGGGGGACAUAAACUACCUGCCGUACCUGGUGAAUUAGCUCUCACUGCCCGAUGGGCUCCUAAAGCACUUAUUUUGUUUGCCAAUUCUAUCUUCCACUGGGACUAUCUCACGAUUGUCCCGCUUUUCAGGUUGUUUUUUUUCCCACCCCUUUCUAUCUGUUCCCCAAUUACUCUCCUCAGUUUCAGUGCCCCAAAUGACAGGGCUGUCAGGGAGUGACUCAUGAGCAGAGGCUGAAUUGAAAGGUGCAGUUUAGGAGGCUCAUCUCCCAUUAGUGGGGCGUUUACUGCUGCAAAGAGCCCGGCAGGGAUCACUGAUUUAGCUGUUUCUGUAGACUAAACCCCAGCACUCACUGCUAAACGCUGCUAGAGCAUCUCUCCAGGGAAAAAGCUGCGACCAGUCCAGAUAUUUCGUGGGGUCCCUGCCCUGUUUCCAAUGAUGGAUGGGAAACCGAUGCUUAAGAGACUGGAUCCCGGGAGAACUUCAGUAAUUGCCUACGGAAAGCUUUUAAAACAGGGACUUGCUUCCAAGAUAAGGCAGCUAAAAUCUUAUUGCUUGCCAGGCUUCUCAAUAAAGUGGCUUGCAUAAGUGUGCCUGAGUGUGGAAAUAUUACUUUAACCUGAUUUCAGGGAACAGCUGGAUGAGAUUUUAGUUAAAAUUUUAAACAGCCUGUGACACAUCAAAUAGGAAAAACAAAUAUAUUCAGAAGCUUAAAGGUUGACUGAGCAUGAAGUAAAAAAAAAAAAAAGAGUAUAAUGACAAGGAAUAGGCAAGCAGCUUCGGCUCUAAUGAAGCAGGGUGGAAAUGAUAGAUAUAUAUAUAAAUACAGAGCCAUAAGAAACUUGCUGUGAAUGCCUCACCUGCCAUUUGCAUCUCCUGAUUUACAUUUGGGAUUUGGCUUUGGAAGAAAUGUUUUCUGUUCCCAUCUCAAGUGGAUGAGUAAUCUGCAAGUAAGUCUUGUGUUUAUUACAGUCAUCCCGCUGAUAGCCUUGUUUCAUAUCAUUUAAAGUUUGAGAUCUUUAAAAAAGAAAUACCUUGACAAACUAUUUUCUUUGGCCCCAGCUCAGACUGUGCAGAUAAAUGACUCUGAUGGGAGGAUAAGCAGUUUAAGCCCAUUGAGAAGAGCUCUGUGUGCAACUCCAAGAUUGGCAUAUCUCCCUGGGAUUGCCCAUUUCAAAAUGAGGAAUUUGCUUCUCAGCACUUGUUUUUCUUCAUGAAAGUAAAUGUCAGUAAGAAAAAAUUAUUUUAUUGCAACUGGCUAUUUUUAGGGUGUUUUUUCUUCCACAGCUCUUUUCUCCUAGCUGAAAACCUACUGGGAUAUUCGGGCUUAUUUGGAGAUAAAGCACUCUGAGGUAUGUCGUAUAAAAUAUCAUGGAAAUUCUGAUGGAUGAAAAAGUUAAAUACUUGAAGAGUAAGUUCCAUUAUUUUAAUUCAUGAACAUCCCCAGAGUUUGUACGUGGCAGCUCCAGCCCUGCAUGACCCAGACCCAACGCUUCCUGCACCACUCCCUGUCCCGUGCCUGAGCCCCAGGCACUGGGAAUGGGGGGUUUGGUGUGGCUGCAGGCCCCUCUUGCUCUGGAAGAGAAGCAAAGAUGAGCCCAGAUUCCCAUGGUCUGUGCACGGGUUCCCUGUGCAACAGCAUUUUAGUUUUUUAGUCAUUGGCUCUUCCUGGUUCCCUGAGGCAGAGGAUGAUCCAUAAAUUUCUCUCUCCCUUAUUUCUCAGACACUCACAGACCAACGUCUUGGUCUUUUUGCCAUCCUUCAGGGGCUGCAUUUUGCCCCUGGGACUUUCUCACUUUUCAGCAGACCAGGGAUCAUUUCCCAAGGUCCCUGGGAAAUCUCUUCUUGUUGUGCCAUUACUGAUUACAGAGCUCAGGACAAGGGAAGAACAAUUUUUUUAGCACUUACUACAUUAAAGUUUCUUUUUCUACAACAACAUGCUCCUGCUGUUCUUCCCAUCUCUGAAGGUUCCAGCCUCAGAGGAUUCUGUGAGGAUAUUUUACUCAUAAAAAUCAAGAUGACAAACCCAGCGGGUCGUGCACAGAGGUGAAGCAGUGGUGGCCGCUCCAGGGGAUUUCCUCCAUCUGCCCAAUAUGUAAAUAAUUCCAUCACUUCAUAAUCAGCUGGACCUCUUACUUUAACAGUGGAAACCUGAUUUUCUGUAUGCAGAGGUACGAGAUUGUCCUGGUCAGGCUGUGAGACGUUACACUGUGUAUUUGUCUACGGAGGCUGUGACUGGGAUUCCAGCAGCCACGAAUGAGCCUCGUGUGUCUGGAAACACUACAUGAGCCGGGGCAGGUUUUCACUCAGGGAGGCUCCCACUUUAUUCCUUUGCAGAUUUUCUCUGAUAGAUCGAAUGAAGAAGUGAGGCCUUGCUCUUGUCAAGUUACCAUGCGGAAGCGAAUUGCUGUUGUUUAUCAUCUUAUUACAAUUAGCUAUUGCACUAUUUUUUUUUCUUUUCUUGGAUGAUUUAUGUUUCUGUCCUCUGUGCCUCUCUCAAUUAUUUAUCACUGCUUGUUUUAGCCGGCAAGGACCCUGUGAAAACACAAGGCACUGGCUUAAUUUCUCCUUCCAGCCAAUCCUCCUCCCUCUCAGCUUCAGGAUAAUAAAAAUCUGUGGAGCUUUUCCAUUUCCUGUGAUCUGCAGGGUUUGUACAGAAACUUCCCCGUGUCUGCCACAGCCAAAAUUUCAUUAGUGCAACUGGGAUGAGACUCAGCUCCAGUUUUGCCUCGAGGCUGUUUACUACUUCUUGUUUACCAGUUAGGAACAAAAACUAUUCCAGAGAUCAUUACAGAAGAGAUUGGGCGCCGCUGCUUCACAACACGGUGUCAGAAAAAGAGAGAAAACACAAACUAUGUUUCCAAAAUAAUGAUUAUUCCUCCUGCUUUUAGUGUGAUAAGGGACGAUCCUGUCAUGGAAUGACCAAGAACUUCUGCUGCAGACCAUCAGAGACCCCUCUAAAAGCCAAACUCCAGCAGCGUUUCCCAUCUUGAGCUCAUGUUUGGCUGCAAGUGCACCAGUGCUGCUUCCUCAGGAUCAGGAAUCAGGAAAAUCGGCAUUGAAGCUCUUCCCACAAGGCUGACUCUGAGCGCUGGCCGGGGAAAGCAUUUGGCACGUCAGACAUUUCAAUAGAGUGUCUUUUUAGGGCACAUUAGAGCACGGGGAAGAAAAUGGACUCAAAGUCUUCGUUGGAUUGGCCUCAGGCGCUGAAUUAUAACGGGACAUACAAGUACCUCUACUUGGAAGGCAAUGUCUCCUACGUGGACUUCUACCUCCACCAGCCUUCUGUGGCCGCUGUCUUCAUCACCUCCUACCUCCUCAUCUUCCUCCUCUGCAUGGUGGGCAACGGGGGGGUUUGUUUCAUCAUCCUAUGGAGCAAACACAUGCGCACGGUCACCAACCUGUUCAUCCUGAACCUGGCCGUCAGUGACUUGCUGGUGGGGCUCUUCUGCAUGCCUACCACCCUCCUGGACAACAUCAUUGCAGGGUGGCCCUUUGGGAGUCUGGUGUGCAAAAUGAGUGGAAUGGUCCAAGGAAUCUCUGUUUCUGCCUCCGUCUUCACUCUGGUUGCUAUUGCUGUGGACAGGUUCCGGUGCAUUGUGCAUCCGUUCAAGCAGAAGCUGACCAUUCCCGCUGCCGUGGCCAUCAUCGCGGUCAUCUGGAUCCUGGCCGUGGCCAUCAUGUGUCCCUCGGCCGUCCUGCUGCAGGUGCAGGAGGAGAAGCAUUUCCGAGUGCUCCUGGGCUCUGGCAAUGCCACCCGGCCGGUGUUCUGGUGCCGGGAGGAGUGGCCUGAGCCGGGAAUGAGGAAGAUCUACACGACGGUUCUCUUUGCCAACAUCUACCUGGCUCCCCUGUCACUCAUUGUUAUCAUGUACGCCAGGAUCAGCAUUUCCCUCUCCCACACAGCCAUGCCUGGGGCAGGGAAGCGCAGCCAGGAGCAGCGGCACAGCAUGUGGAAGAGGAAACAGAAGGUCAUCAAAAUGCUCAUUGUUGUGACUUUGCUUUUCACGGUGUCCUGGCUUCCCCUGUGGACUCUGAUGCUGCUCUCGGACUACGCCAGCCUUUCCGACCUCCAGCUGCAGCUCAUCAACAUCUACAUUUAUCCCUUUGCUCACUGGCUGGCCUUCUUCAACAGCAGCAUCAACCCCAUCAUCUACGGGUUCUGCAAUGAAAACUUCCGACGGGGCUUCCAGGCUGUCUUCAAGUUCCAGCUCUGCUCCAGGGUGCUCUGUUCCCAGCAAGGACAAAGCAACGCCAUCCUGCCAGCUGCCCACUGCCAGGCACUCCAGGAUGAAGCCUCUCAAACAGCUACAGAGGAGGGGAAGCCAGUUACGAAAGGAAAUGGGGUGAAUAACCAGCAGGACUUGAUCAUGGAUGAUCUCAAAGAGCCCUGCAACAAUGGGAUCAAGUGAAACACGCUGUGACUCUCUAGAUCUCUCAGAGCAGCUGGAAGAGGGUUGCCUGAACAAUAUUUGCGGUCACAUUUCAGCCUGGGAGUAAUCCCUUAUCCUGUAACUCUCACAGACUGAAAUACUGGAGACACAGUCUGGAACCCACCAGUCCCUGGGUUUUCUUGUGGUUGUGCUCAUGUUGCUUCUGCCUGGACAUUGUGAACGCCAGCUGGGUUCUGCCCAAAUGACAAAAUUAAACUUUUCCCAUCACAUUCCAUUUAUUCCCCUUUGUCUUUGUUAUUUCUGUCCUAUUCAUUAUUAUUGCAGCUAGAGAAAUAAAUAGAAGUGGAAAUUUGAGAAAUAAAGGAUUAAAGAAAG